CACUCACCGUGUUCUAUGUGAGAGAGAAGAAACCAACACACAACCAUUAAACAUAUACAUACAUCCUCUAUCUCUAUCUCUCUUUCUAGUUUCUAGUUUCUACCCCCUCCCCAUGGCCUCUUUCUAUCUCUUCCUCAUUUAUAACCUUUUCUUCUCAUCAUUUUUUAACUCAAUUUAUUCAAAAACUUUAAUCUUACCACUAAAGAUUCAACAAAUACCAUCCGGGUCGGGUCCAAAACCACCAAACAAGCUUUCUUUCAACCACAAUGUUUCUUUAACGGUGGCCCUAGCCGUCGGUACGCCGCCGCAGCAAGUGGUGGUGGUUCUCGACACCGGCAGCGAGCUGACGUGGCUCCGGUGCAAACAAACACCCACCACACCAUUAUGGUUCGACCCGUUAAACUCCACAUCCUACAAUCCGGUUGUUUGUUCUCACCCGACUUGCACGACCCGAACCCGAGACCUCAUCUUACCCGCUUCAUGUGACCCGAAAAACCUCUGCCACGUCAUUGUGUCGUACGCUGACGCCACUUCAGUCGAGGGUAAUCUUGCCAUUGAUACGUUUCGGUUUGCGGGUUUUGACCCGACCCGGAUUGUAUUCGGGUGUAUGGAUACCGGGUCAAGCUCCGACCCGGAUGAGGAUUCGAAGUCCACCGGGUUAUUGGGUAUGAACCGAGGUUCUUUAUCGUUUGUUACGCAAAUGGGUUACCCGAAGUUCUCGUAUUGUAUAUCGGGUCGGGACUCGACCGGGGUUUUAGUGUUCGGGGAGGUUAACGUGUCGUGGCUCGAACCGUUGAAUUACACGCCGUUAGUUAACAUAUCGACGCCGUUACCUUAUUUCGACCGGGUAGCGUACACGGUUCAGCUUGAAGGGAUUAAAGUUUCGGAGACGGUUUUGGGUUUGCCGAAAUCGAUUUAUGAACCCGAUCACACGGGUGCGGGUCAAACUAUGGUGGACUCGGGUACCCAGUUUACUUUCCUUCUCGGGCCGGUUUAUACCGCUUUGAGAAACGAGUAUUUGAACCAAACUAAAGCGGUUUUACGGGUUUAUGAGGAUCCGGAUUUUGUAUUCCAAGGUGCAAUGGACCUUUGUUAUCGGAUUGACCCGACACGGGGCGGGUUACCCGUGUUACCUAGUGUUACCAUGAUGUUUCGGGGCGCCCAAAUGAGUGUUUCGGGUGAGAAGUUGUUGGUUCGAGUACCCGGUUUGAUUAAAGGGAAUGAUGAAAUACAUUGUUUCACAUUUGGGAAUUCGGAUCUUUUAGGGAUUGAAGCUUAUGUGAUCGGACACCACCAUCAACAAAAUAUGUGGAUGGAAUUUGAUCUUGCAAAUUCUCGGGUCGGGUUGGCUGAGGUUAGAUGUGACUUAGCAAGUCAAAAUCUUGGAGUGGGUCUUUGAGUGAUAGAUUAAGUGGGACUAUUUGGAUGAUUAUUUGACCCGCAGAUCAAAGAGGUCAACGUUAUCUGAUGAGUCGGGUCUAUGACCCGACUCUUUAGAAUCAGACGACGUAGUGAUGUUCACACAUGUUUUGAUUCAUUGGAGCGAUUAUUUUGUUUACAUUGUAAAUUGCAACACAAUUGAUUGUGUUAAAAAAUAACUUUGUAUUGUAAUGUAUUAGAACUAGAAGCUAUACUAACUUGGAAUUUUAUUGGUA